AUGGGCUCAUUCCACAAGACUGAGGCUCUCCCGCCCAUUGAGAGCACAAAAGGGGCGGAUACACAAAGUGUUGCCCGGAAGGACGCGACUGAGACUUCACUUCAAGCGGGAGAUUCGUACCCGUUUUUGAGGCUGUCUAGCUCCAUGAGCUCGAGUGUGCCGCCGCUCUCCAUAUUUGGUUCUUUUGAGGACCACAACGGGGCGGCUGCAGUGACGCGAAAUGGGAACGCUGGCCCGGCAGCUUCACCCAUGCCCGGUCUUUCCUUCGGAAUGGGGUCUCUGGCCGACGUUUCUUCGCGCGGCCACCCCGAGUCCGGGGAUGGCCCGGAGUCUGCACCCACGCAGAGCGGCAAGGCGAAAACCGCAGUAGAGGAUGGGGAGAACCUCAAUUUCUUCCUUUUCGACGGACUUCCGCUUCUGGGCGAGAACGGGGGCUCGCUACGCUGGAUUCAGGGUUCGGGUUCCGCGGAAGGCAGUCGCCUUGCGGUAAGCCCAAAUCGUGUCGGAGGGGUGUCGCCAGCGCGCGAGGAGGACUCUGUGUUUGGUGGGAAUAACAAGAGUGAUACAGAAGCAGCAGAGCAAAGUCUCCCAUCCGUUAAGGUGGCCCACCCUUAUCAUAACGACCAUACAAUGCCUAGCUCAACUGACGCUGCCUCGUGGGAUCUGCACAAAGCCUCUGCAGCCCUGUCAAACUCGGUCCCGCUUUGCCAACGGCCGUGCCCACACAAACCAGGAAACACACGCAGGCAAGCUGUCGAGGUUAUUGAUGCCCCCAACCAUUAUGCUAAAGGGUGUAAUUCCGGCGUGUCUGCAUCCGACAUUCUGGUGGAAUACCCUGCCUCUGGAGGUGGAGAUAGAGUGACUGAACUGGCAGAUGCAUACAUUGCUGGCCAUGGUGUUGCUCUGCUGCUGCUGUACUCUGGGGCUGGUAUCGAUGUUAUAAAGAGAAGAGAACAUCCUGAGGAUAUGUGGCCGCCCAUGGAAGAGCUCUUCUUGGCCGUGUUCAGCAGUUUGACCGCCAGAAGGAGAGAAGGUGGCGGGAAUCCCACGCUGCGCAGCGAGGAAGCUGCAAACGUUUCCUUACAGAUCUCCCUCACAGUUCUUAAGCAUGACCAAGCGAAGGAAUUGUUGCCUGCGAAUGAAAGCGGUAAUAAAGGGCCGACAUGUUUCACCAGGGCAAUCAUUGAUACUUCGCCCCUGUACGGUCCAACCCUACUCCACGCUAGCUAUCAUGAGGUUGCGGGUCCAGAAAAUGUGAAGGGGUUGACGCACAGUGCCCUAAAAGGGAUGACGACCGACGACUAUCGUUGUGGCGUGUUAAUCCUCUCUGCCAUUCUGCGGCAAUUUGUAGAGGAAGCAGAUGACGUUGUUGUUUCAAAAAUGUUUAUUGCCAUUUCCAGUGCGGAGACAAUUCAUGGGGUGGUUAAAAGUCGGCAGCCUUCCACAACUGCUUCUCUGCUUCGAAGGGUACUUCGUAGCCCACAGCUGACGACAACGCUGACGCAACCGUUGGCGCUGGGUGGGGUGGAGCUGUCCCUGUCGGAGAGGCUGUUAAUGGUGGAGGUGCAUCGCCUUUUGCGGAGCAUACGACGUCAUCGACGCGUCCGUGAAGUCACGGUGAGCAUGCGUUUUCUUCUGAACUUGGCGCUGGCUCGCUGCAAGGCGCUGAUGGUCCCUGCUUUUAAAGGUCACAGUGAUAGUGACGCUAACAGCCCCACAGCUGACGAUCUGAGGCAGGCAUUCAUGGCCCUGCAGAAGUCCUCCACGGGGUGGUCGCCAGGAAUCAUAUGCAAGUCGCUCCAGAUGUAUUUAGAUGACAUUCGCCUUGCCUUGCGGAUUUCCAACAGCGAGUUCCCCAGUUUCUUGGUCGCCAACGUGGAGGCGGCAACUGAGGAUGCGGGGGGGGACCUUCGACGGAGGCGCCGUGAAACCAGUUCCGUGCAGAAGCUACGCCGAUGCGAUAACGGCGUGCUAAAGUUUUUGGCCAACGGGUGGAUGCAAACACAGAUAAGGGUAAACCUCUUUGGAGGCCUCCUUGCAGCACCCGCAGGCGGCAUCAAGCCGCUCUUUACGGAAACGCUUUCAACGGAUGGAAACUCUUCGGGCGAACGCUUUCAUUCCCUUCUUCUACUGGAUGUCGUCGAAAACGCGGGCGAACAUGGGAUUAUACGCUCCGACAAGAAGAAUGGGGUAACGGUGAAAGCGACGGAAGCUGUGUCGUUCAAAUUUUCCUUUGAUGAGGUCUGUGUUCGGCGCAGUGAAACUUUUUUGGGCGAAAACUCGGCACCGCCGUUUGAACGUUCUACACAUCUCACUCGCGUGGGCAAAUUAAGCAAGCAGGGCUACAACACUGCCAUCCUCUACAUGCGGGACGGAGCAAGGCACCUGGGGGACAUCUUCGCCUCCCCUGUGUGGUCAACGUUUCUGGAGUUCGUGGAAUCCGAAGUGGCCCUACGCUCCGCUGGGCAUGAGCUGUAUUUCUCUGCUACGCAGGUGCUGUCCAGAGACUACGUUAGGGACCACCUUGCCGUUGUCACAAGCAAGGGGCAGGGCAUCGUUACCCUGCCGUUUCAGGCGGCCUGGACACCGGCGGGGCCGGUGGUUCGGGGGGCGCGAUUUGUCACAUUGAGGUCAGUCGAACAGUUUAUGACGAUACUCCGUGAGUUGAGCAUGAACGCGAAGGUUCUUCCCAACUCCCUGCUCAGCGGGAUAAAUCUGAUUCUCUCUUUCCUAGUGAAACGUGUGACUUCCCCCGAGACCGCACCCCCGUCUGGCACGCAGGCUGCCUUCCCCGGGGACGUGGUGCUCUCUUCCAUGACAGCUUCCCUGACGACGCGUCCCGAGUUUUACAAGUCGCUUUGGAUUGAUGACUUUGUACCCAUGGAGGGCCAAAAAAAUUUGUACCGCUGCAUUCAGCACCAUUACACGCUCUGUGUGACGGACGUGAGCAAUACCUCCGUGGCCGCGUUAGGCUUCCUCAAGACCCAUGAACUUCUCCAGCAGACCAAAUCGCCGCCACCCCAGAGGAAGUGGACGAUGCGCAGCCUGGAGAAGUAUUUGGCAGAGAGGUGUGCCCUUUUCCUGCAAGAACUCCUCCAGCUGAAGGGAAUCAGUGAGAUCCGUUUGACAACAGAAAAGCAACGUGAUAUUUUUGGCGACGUAGACAUAGUCACGGCGCAUGAAGUUGCAGAGGCCUGGGGUCUGGUGGAGCGACUGCGAAGCGCCGUGAAGGAACUUCUUGAUGCGCCAAGCGCCGCCCAUCCUAGGGCGGUAUUUGCUGGUGGCACUUACGACAUCACGAUGCCACCUACUUUUCUCCAUUACACGCCGCCUGUCGUGGAGGAGUGCCCCAGCACCAGCAAUACCGCGAAAGGAAGCAACUCGGCUGGGCAGUGCUGGAAUACCAAAGCAGGCACGAAAACACCGCCACCACAAGCUCUAGGCGCGGCGGAGCAAGAUGGGUUGAACACGAUCAAUCAUAAAUCCAGCAUUUUCUGCGGGUCAGGCAACGACAAGCAUCGCCGAUGCAUGCCAGAAAAAAACGGCGACGUGACGAACACCAAAAUCAAAACAGAAAAUGGUGUGGCGAGGCUCGUCAAACCCCAUGAGUUAAAAUCUGUUCAGUAG